AUGGGAACGUCAAUAUCUACUGCAAAUGGUUUCAAAGAUUUUAAUCAAAAACUUUAUUCAACUAUUAAUCAAACUCAAGCUGGUGACAACAUAUUUCUUUCGCCAUCAAGUAUUGCUUUAGCUAUGUCAAUGUGUACUAUUGGUGCUCGACAUGAAACAUUAAAUCAAAUGUUAAAUACACUUGGAUUCGCAUCGAAAGAAGAAUUAAUUAAAUCAUCUCAACAAAUUCUUCAUAUCUUCAAUUUAGUUGAUAAAGAUCGGCAAAUUCAACUGAAAUUAGCCAAUCGUCUUUAUGCACAGAAAGACUAUGAAAUUCAAGAAGAAUUUUUACAAAUUAUUCAAAAAUCUUUUUCAGCCGAUAUGAAACUUGAAGAUUUUACAAACAAAAACGAACAAAUUGUUCGAACAAUCAAUGCUUGGGUUGAAGAUCAAACAAAUCAAUUAAUAAAAAAUCUCCUCUCGCCAAGUGAUAUUCGAGCAGAUAUACGAUUAAUUCUUAUUAAUUGUAUUUAUUUCAAAGGCAUAUGGAUCAAACAAUUUGAUGAACGUGAAACUAAUCAUAAUAGCAAAUUUCAUGAAAUUAAUGGUACGAUUUCAAAAAUUAGUUUAAUGUAUCAAUAUGGAAAAUUUGCUUAUAAAGAAAAUAAAUCUUUACGUAUUCAAAUUGUUCAUAUUCCGUAUAAAAAAAUUGAAGAAAAAUUUUCAUCGAAAGAAAAUUUAUUAGAAGAUGUUCUUGAUCAACGAAAUACAACAUCACAAGAUUUAUUGUUAUAUAUACCAAAAUUUAAAAUGGAAUUUUCAUGUGAGUUAAACGAUGUUCUAGAGCAACUUGGAAUGCGAAAUGCAUUUGAUGAAAAUAAAGCCGAUUUUAAUGAUAUUGUUAAGAAACAAAAUGAUGGAUUUGGUUUAUUUAUUAGUAAAGUUGUUCAUAAAGCAUUCAUUGAUGUUAAUGAACAAGGAACCGAAGCGGCUGCAGCUACAGCUGUCUUACGAGUGGCAAAAGGAAUAGGACGACGCAAACCACAACCAAUUUUAUUUCGAGCUGAUCGUCCAUUUUUAUUCUAUAUUCGAGAAGUUCGACAAAAUCUUACAUUAUUUACCGGUAAAUUUCUUACUUGUGCAAAUUUAUCAUCUUAA